GCCCUAUACGUCGUCGAGUGGCUCCUAAUUAUUUCGUUGACGAGUUGAGAAGUCGAUCAAAAUCUACCGUCCAUUUCAGAACUGAAUUCGGUGAACUGAAAUGUAAAAAUGUAGUACAACCUGGUACUUGGUCACAAAUCAUGGUCCACGAAGCAACACUUCAUGAAUCAGGCGAUUCAGCGGUUCUCUUGGAGAUGGGACCCAGAAUUAAGCCAUUUGCAGACAUCACAACAAACUCGCGAGUGAGACGUUCGACGGCCCCUGGGGGCUUCUCCAACGGGAACGCCCCGGUGAGCCACACUCUCAGGGUAUCUGGAGGCCUCAACAUCUACCUGCAUCUCAGUGACGGAGUCCCAAGUCUGAAUAUGCCCAAUGCAACUGGGCAUUCAGAUAUGUGCAUCAAACUGCACAGGAUUAUUCUCACCGACAGAAUCCAAGCCGGAGAAAUUGUCAUUAUGGAGUCGGCCGAAGACAAUAAGUACCUGAGUGGGUCCCGAACGCCGUCAUCCACUUCGUCCGGCGUCGUCGAACUCGUGAGCGGAGAAGCAGGCAGCCUGGAAACGGUGUCAGCGAACGACCCCAGACUGUUCCAGAUCAGCAGAGAAGUGGGCAGCCUGUCCUGUACGAUCAGACACAAGCAGACAGGAUUGUAUCUGUCAGCGUCAGGCAACAGCCUCGCGCUGACGACAGAAAAUCGUACACUUUUCGAAAAGUAUCGUUGCGAUCAUUCUUGAAGACGCGAAAUUAAAACUCCGCCAAACAGUCAGUCAGUCAUCCCGGUCUGAUGUUGCCAAGAGUGUGAAUUUCCUCCCGCUUGCAAGUGCGCUGUAUGGAAGAAUUUCUGCAGAAGAAGAAUGACAGAACAGAGUUAGAAAGUCAGCAGAGAUGGAUCUCCAACAACAGUUGACAGUCAGCGAUCAGAUCUCAUUUAAAAUAGCAAAAAGUAACACUGAUCUGUCAAAUCCCGAAAUACUGACAAACUGUUUACAAAACCAUAUGAGAAAAGUAUUUGGUUUCAUGUUUCUAUUCAGAAUGAGCAAUAUCAGAGUCGCCAAAUAUGUGAAGUUUGUUUUCCCCAAAGAAUAAAAAAGAUCAUAAUUUUUUCUAUCAUAUCGCAUAGAUGCUAAGCACAUUCACUUCGGUUAUCAUAAUAUUCAUUGUAUAUGUCUGCUAAUUUUGGCUAUAAAAUAUUGACCUUCAUUAUAAUUUAUUGGGUUAUUAAAUAGAUAUUCUUACAAUAUGAUUUUUUUUUCUGCUAUUUUCUGUUUUCAUCGUUUCAUUCCUCAUAUUCUCAAGAGACACAGCGUACUUGUUGAACCUUGGAAUUAUAAUAAGACUUUGUAUUGAAUGGAAAUCGAAGCCCCCUGGAGUCUCUGGUUUGUACUAAGCUCUGGCAGAAGUCACAAGUCAUAGUACUACACUCUCUUGUGGGAUUCAGGAGGGCCUUUAAUGGACUUUUGUGGUCGAAGCAUCAGUUAAUGCACUAAAUAGGGGUAGUGCUUGCUUUUUCCUCCACUUGGAUCCGUGUCUUACCUCUGACAUACGCAAAGCUUGCUCAGGUAUACUUGCCCGCCUGCUUGGAGAUCAGCGCCGUCCUC